AUGAUGGCCGCAACCGGUUUCUACCAUUGUCCCAUGGAGAACGAGCCAGACCUUGCUCGUUGGUACGUGUGCCUCAAGGAGAUGGCCGCAGACGGUUUCUACCAUUGUUUCAUGGAGAACGAGCCAGACCUUGCUCGUUGCUACGUGUGCCUCAAGGAGAUGGCCGCAGCCGUCUUCUACCAUUGUUUCAUGGAGAACGAGCCAGACCUUGCUCGCUGCUACGUGUGCUUCAAGGGGAUGGCCGAGUGGAAGCCGAACGCCGACCCGUUCGAGGAGCACGCUCGUUCCACCGAGUGCGAGUUUCUUCGCUUGGGUAAAAAGCCGGAGGAGUUGACUGUUCUGUACUUUUUUCAACUGGAGAAAGCUCGCAUGCAGAACAAGGUGCGAAAAUACGUGGCAGUUCGCGAGGCGGAGAAGGCGCUGAACGAGUUGCCAAUGUGA